AUGCUUAGCUUCGCACUCGCCGCAAUCAUCGUCGUUGCGAAGGGCUCAGGGACUGAAUGCCUUGCAGACGGGAGUUGUGCACUGCCACCGGUUGGGCAUGCCCUUCUGCAGCACGGAUAUCGCCGUGCCAAUCCGUUCUCAUCGCCGCAGCACUCGGGGUGCAGCAAGAUGAUCUCGCAGUGCCUCAACAAGACCCAGGAGGAGGAAGAAGAGCACUUCUACAAUGCCAACUGGUCCGCCUGGAAGUUGGGCUUCGAUGUCUGCUGCAACAACCAGUACAACGAGAUUUUGUGCGCUUCGCUGGGUGCAACCCUCUUCACAUUCUCAGGCCGGCAGUUUGGGCCCGGUGACUUGGUGAAGGAGACCCCCGACCCAGCCUUGGCCGACUUCUGCCGCGAGGCGGACGACCUCCUCUCCGCCCACUUCGACGAGGAGGCCUUCGAAAACCAUUCCGCCGCAGACCUCUUGCAGAUCCCGAGCGUCCUUCAGGAGGCUGCGCUCAAGGCCCGGCUCAAGGCCAACCUGGGCUUCAGGGAGCUCUUCCGCAGGUCCUCCGCGGAGGUGCGUGCUCGGGUGGUCCGCCAGCACAUCCGCGCCUGCCAGGCGGAGCCAGGCUGCUGGGAGGAGGUCUUCAAUGUGCAGCAGUUCUUCUUGCAGGAAGCAUCGCGGGUGCGCCACGAGCCCGCUCCGUCUAACGGAGGCCGUAAUUGGCGUUGCGUGCCAAGAGGGACCAUCAUCUCUGCGUCUGGGGGUGAGGACCAGAAAUGCGAGCUCCACCAUGGGGAGGUCGAGUGCGUGUCGAUUCCGUUGAAAGGGGAAUGGAAGGUCGAAGAUAUUGAGAACUCAGACACGUCUCCAUUCAAAAUCUUCUCGCCUGGAAAAGCCAGUGGGCCGGAUGCGGGUUGGGGACAGAACGCCUACGACAUCAUGCACGAAAGGUGGGGGUAUGCAAGCAGGCAGGUAACUGCGCCGGGCUGCAACGUUGCCGUCACGACGGUGAGCGUGACAAGCUACACUGAGAUCGACCACGAGCUCUCUCAUCUUUUAGGGAAGCCUGUGCUGGUCGGCCCGGAUGCCUUCGUACCCGUGCGGGAUCCUGACGUUCCUGACCUUGAAGCAGGCGAAGCAGGCGAACGGUGGAAAAACAAGCGCCCCACCGAAGUUGAGGUGGGAGACGUGGUCUUCUUCCUCGACCCGUCCAACGAAACCGUAAGGCCCAGCUCGGUGACCAGCGUCCGACAGGUGCAAGAGCAGUUGACGGGCUACGAGUUUGUCACGGAUUCAAAGCUCUACUUCGCGGAUCACGUGGGCAUCUACUGCGAGGGCAGCAACGGUCAGCGGCUCUUUCCGAGCUUCUUGAUGCUCGCUGCCUUCGUGCUGUACUUCUGA